AUGGCAGCAAGCGGGGGAACAAGCGGACGAGAUCACUGGGGUAGGCUUGUGGACGAGAACAUGAUUGUGCUCCGGUUGCGGAUUAGGGAGAUGAAGAUCUCAGAGACGAAUUACGAGCCACCUUUGAACUGGAUGGAGUGGGAGAAGCAAUAUUCUUUGCGUUACAACGAGGAUAUUUCUGAAGCAUUAGGGUUGCUGCAAAAUUAUUUGAUGAAUACUAGACCAGGUUUGGCUUUUGGGAUGGUGGCAGUUGUUUUUUUGAGUGUACUCCUAUCUUCUGGGGUGGCCUUGAUUCAUGCAAUAGAGAUAGCUAAGAGGAUCUUAUCGAUCUGGCCAGUUUAA